GAAGCAGAGCCAUUGUAAUGGAGUGCCAAUAUGGGCCAAGAAGGAAAGGGUUCCAGCCCAAAAAAGCGGAAUGCACCUCUGGCCAUGUGUACAAAGCCACUUGUCCAGCAAGGAUCUAUAUUAAAAAGGUUCAAAAGUUUCCGGAAUACAGAGUUCCUACUGACCCUAAAAUUGACAAGAAAAUCAUAAGAAUGGAACAGGAGAAAGCAUUCAACAUGCUGAAGAAGAACUUGGUAGAUGCUGGCGGUGUCCUCAGGUGGUAUGUACAAUUACCCACUCAGCAAGCCCACCAAUAUCAUGAAAUGGAAACUUCCUGCCUCCCUUCUUCACCAUCCCAUUUUUCUGUGCCUCCUCCUGAGGAGGAGGAGGAAAUUGUUAGAGAUGAGAACUGUGCUCUGCCUUCCCGACUUCAUCCUCAAGUGGCAGACAAGAUCCGAGAACUGGUGUCUCGGGGAAUAGAGCAGGUCUAUGCAGUGAGGAAGCAACUAAGAAAGUAUGUGGAAAGAGAAUUAUUCAAGCCUGAUGAAGUGCCAGAGAGACAUAACCUGUCCUUCUUCCCCACUGUGAAUGACAUCAAGAACCACAUUCAUGAAGUGCAGAAGUCCCUGAGGAAUGGCGAGAUGGUGUAUAAUUCAGAAAGUAUCCCAGCAACGCUGCAGUGGACCACAGACAGUGGGAAUGUUCUCACAGAAACAGUGACCGUUACGUUUGCAUCACCACCUUCAGAUGAGUCGGUUGUCACUAAGGCAGAAUCCAACCAGAGCGGGGAGUCCUUGCUACCAGAAACAGCUCAGCUGUUAUCUUCACUCUCUUCACUUCAGCCCAAGAUAUUUGCAGAACUUCAGGGGUUACAGCUGCAGUCAACUUUUACCUCCACAAGUGGAUCAACAGCCCUGAUAGCUGUAAAUAACCAUUCUCCUCCCAGCCCUGCAAGUCUCCUGGAUUCCACAGGGAGUGCAGUAACCAACCAUUCUCUAGUACUUAGUCAGGGACACAGUCUGCAAGCAGGUGCUGACCUAACACAGCAUAGGGCUGCUGCCUCUGCUUUUGGAACUCCUCCUGGCUCUGAUCAGAGUCUGGUCAACAUGGGCCAGUUGGUAGCAGUUGGAGGGGCAGAUGACUCCAGAAGCCUAGAAGGAGUCCAUCAGAUUCUCUUGGGAGAUGUACAGACUAUUCCAGUACGGAUUGUGGACAGCCAUCCCACACUUACUGAAGAAAAUACAGAGGCUGUUAUCUGUGUGAGCCAAGUUAAACAAGAGCCAAGAGAAAAAGCAUUGUCUAUGGAGCCCGAUAAAAUCAGAGACUGCCAUAGUUCCUCAACUGUUUAA